AUGGACUCAUCAUCAUCUACGCGUCAGGACUACAUUCUUCCAGAUACACCUCCUCAACAAAGCACUUUCUUCCCAUCUUACUGGGCAGCGCAAGCUGCACAGAAGAAGAAGCUUCCAUCUGCCAAUAGCAGUGCUGCUCCCGCUGCAUCCGACUCCGAGGACUCACCGCUGAAGAGACGUGGGGUCUUUGUGGAGAGAGGGAUGAGCAGUGAGGAAUUCAUUGUACCGGACACACCACCAUCUCAUCUGGGGUGGGCACCAAGGCGUGUACCACUCACGACGAUUUCCAACAAGCAACAGGGGAAGAAAAAGCUGUACUUUCUGGAGGAGGAUGAGGAGGAAACCAACUUUGUACCCUCAAAGAAACGUAUGUCUGAGAACACCUCCAUGGCUCCGCUACUAGAGGAGGCAGCCGCGCGGGAUGAUGAUGAUGAUGAUGAGGACUUCAUCGCACUCAUCAAUAAGCCAUCACCAAAACCGUGGAUGCCUCUCCGCGAGCUGGCGGAGGAUGUUCCACAUACUAUCAUCUCCAUGCGAGAGGAAACAAACCAUCAUGGCAGACGAAUUAUUUUGAAAAUUAAUAUCGCUUCUACAAAGAAAAUCUCUGAGGUAUACCUGCCUCAGAGAUUUUCUUCCAUAAUUUCGCCUUGUAAAGUUGUUAAAUUUAAUUCUAAGUGUAAAAAUUUAGGAAUAGUAGUGAAGCAUAUAACCGCUACAUGGAGUGACAUUAAGAUUGUUAAAAUGUAACAAUCUUAUUCUCAUAGCAUGUAGCGGUUAUAUGCUUCACAAGUAGUAUAUAAUGUAAAUAUUGUAGUGUUUGAUAAUAAAUUGUAAUAUUGUUUUUAUAAAAAAAAUUGUUCUUAAUUCUCACCUGUUUGUUGUGUCAAAGAAGAAGAAGAUGUAGAAUAGUACACUGUUCACACAAGAAUAGAUCCUCUUGUAACUGAACACUCAAUGAAUGUAGAAUAGUAAUGCUCUUGUACAGUCAAUGAG